CCUAUAGGAUAUGCUUUCCUACAUCAAUCAAAACGGGCCGUUUACAGAAGGCAUCUUCAGAAAAUCAGGCAAUAUACAAUCACGCAGGGCCCUAAAGGAGAAACUAAACUCUGGGGACAAAGUGAACUUGGAUGAUGAAUCCAUUCUUGUGGUAGCAUCCACCUUAAAGGAUUUUCUUCAAAAUAUUCCAGGAAGCAUAUUUUCAGCCACUCUCUAUGAUAAAUGGCUUGAUGUUAUUGAUCAAGGGAAUGAGGAGGAGAAAAUAACUGCGACCCAGAGGCUUCUAGACCAGCUGCCAAGAGCCAAUGUAGUUUUUCUGCGAUACCUUUUUGGAGUGUUACACAACAUUGAGCAACAUUCCUCAUCCAAUCAGAUGACAGCUUAUAUUUUAUCAGUGUGUAUGACCACAAGCAUUCUUGGUCUGCUUAAUUCUGGCAGCACAGCAUUCGAAAACUUCACCAAGAAGAUUUCUUUCAUACAAUUUCUCAUUGAAAACUGUCUCAAGAUAUUUGGAGAAGAUAUCACGUCUCUCUUUGGACCGAAGUCAGUGAGUUGUGAUAACAGUGAUAGCACUGACAUCACUGAUAACAGUGAGAAGGUUGCAGACAAGAAGACAGUUAGCAAGAGUUCUGUCAAAACCUGGGCCUUUUGGUGUAGCUCCAGGACUCGCGAGGACAACCAACACCCACCUCUACCACCCACAAAGCCAAAACAGCUCUUUGGAGCUCCUCUUGAGGAUGUAUGUGAUAACGACAGCCUGCCCACCCCAAUUCUGGUAGGUCUUAUUUUGGUUUUCUGUAACCCUCCUGAGGAGGGGAGUUCUGAGAGAUCAAGUGUUCUCUUCCAAAUCUACCCCCAAAUGAAGAAGUCUGGCUUUGUCUGAUAAGUUUCAUAAUAUUACUUCAAAGAAUAAGGUCUGAUUUAGGUACUGCAGAGUUACAAGGCAAAUACCAGAUGAAAAGGUACUCUCAUCCAUUCCACUGAUUUCAACAAAGACCCACCUAUACUGGCUCAGGCCAGUUAAAAUGGACUCUGUAAGGUAAGGGAGUCAGAGAAGGCGAGGUUGGGAGAAAGCAUGAGACCAGCACUUGACAGGAAC